ACACACCCCUGCACGUGCAGAAUGGCGGCGUCUGGGGCAAUGCGGAAGUACAAGGUUGUCUUGCUAGGCGACGUCGGGGUUGGAAAAUCGAUGUUGUUCGAGACUGUGAAGAGUUUGAAAGAGGCUGGAAGGCGGGAACAGCAAAGUGCGACUCCGUUGAAACUCGGAUAUGGAACGAGUACGGAAAUCAGUUAUAGAGUCUACGUUGGAGACGUUGGAGUGUUGUUCAGCCUGUGGGAUACUGGUGGUGUGGAACGGUUUCGAACAAUCACAAGAAACUACUACAGCGGCACCAAGGCGUUCAUCUAUGUUUACAACACAUAUAACAGAGCCUCACUAGACGGUCUACUCACAUUCAUAACAGAAGGAAAUUCGGAGUCAUCCGAUGCCCUCAGAGUAUUAGUAGGCAACACCAAUGGCUCACCGGAUCCUGAAGCUCGUCUCGCAGAUGAACAAGUGGUAAACAGUUUUGCCCGCCAGCAAGGGUUUCUGUCGACUCUGAGAUUCCGGUUGUCUGUUACCUCAAAAGAUGAUGUACUUAAGCUGUUUCAGACGAUCGCAGAGCACUUAAUAGAAGGUUACUCCAACCCGCCAGACGCGAACAAUACAGUCACCCUGGGACCGGGACCAGGACCAGGACCACUAGACCCUGGAUGCUGUCUCUGCGGCUAGGACAGACGAGACAGACAGACAGACAACCGGAAAGUUACAGUCGAGGCACAAGAUUUACUAUUGAUCAAUUUCUACUAACUGUAUAACUCAAACGAUAUUUUGCAGGCUUGGGAUUUGUCAACAUAUGAGUGAUUUGGGUAGUCAAAUUUGCUUUAUCUAUUACAUUGUAUAUAUGCAUCUCGUUGACCAGAAACACAAAA